AUGGCCAAUAUGUCCAAUAUGCUAGGUUUUCCCCGUGCGAUGAACACAGUGCUAGUCGUGCUAUGCUUUUCUAAUGCCUUUGCUGCCAAUUGCAGCUCAACUUGGAUCACCUCCGUGGCUGAUGCAGAUACGCUUCGUCAGAACUGUCGAGUGGUCACCGGCCACGUUGGAAUCGGUCCAUUUACAGGGGAUGAAACGGUUCACAUUAACCUCGACGGGGUGGAAGUGAUCGAAGGCACCCUAGGGGAAUAUCCUUAUGCCCGGCAUGACUAUUUCACGCAGCCCUCUUACACCCUCACCAGUUCAUCUUUAAAGAAAGCCGACGCAGUGGAAUUUGGAAAAUACAACACUCGCAUAGUGAACCUCACACUUCCUGGUCUCACCUCCGUGAAUGACUACGUUUUUAUAGGGAAACUUGCCUACAAGCUCGCCUACCUGGAUAUCACGAGUCUGAAUUCCGCGCGUAGCAUUGCGCUAGGCUCCCCAGAUCUUAAGACACUCCACCACACAAACUUACGCAAAGUGACAAGUCUGAGUAUUUAUCCGAUGCAGGUCGACUCGCUGGAUAGUUUGUCUGACAAUGAGCUCAAUCUGGAAAAUCUUUACAUUGAAGGUCCAUUCCCGAACGUGAAUAACAUUCCUAUUGGUGUCAAGUCUGUCGACUUCAUCCAAAUCUCUGACAAUUCAUCUGUCACACUAGGAGGGUCCUCGACAAAGGGAUUGACCGUCAAACGACUCAAACUCGACAAUGUUACGGGUUUCAAGCGUAGCACAAAGCUUGAGACCCUCGAGGUUGGGUAUCUGAAAUUCUCAGACCCCGUUUAUAUCACUCAUCUAGAACUCCCGUUUGAUAAUCUCGGCACUCUUGAAAUCGAGCAAUCCGAUGACAACCCUCUGAAGUCUAUCACCCUUCCCCCCAACGCUGUGGAUUGGACAGGUGGCUUUACACUUGUCAUUGACCGUGCCCCCAAUCUGAAUUUAAGCUCAAUGUACGGUGUCGACGACCAAGGCAACCGUAUUCAGACUUGGUACUGGCCAAAGAAUGUCACAUUGAUUGAUAUUUCUGCUGCCACUGUGGGAAAUGCCUUCUUCGAUCCCUUUGUUGCCCAGCAAAAGGGCCUGGACAAAGAUUCCCCUCCUUCGGUUUUGAGUGCCUUUAGAAUUUCUCCAUCAGAGAAUUCUACUAGUUUCAACUGCACGACCUUCCGUGAGCUCCAGGAUAUGGGUCGCUUGAGCGAUGUAGACAAUUUCGCCUGCCACGAUCCGGACCUUACCAGCAGCGCUAUUCGUGUUCAUGUACCGAUCACCCUCAGUCUUGUCAGUGCCGUGCUUGGAAUUUCUAUAUGGAUCCUAUGA